AUGGCGCUCGCUGCAGCACUUCUCCUCGGACUCAGUCAGCUUCAAGCUGUGACUGCUGUUAGCUCUUUGGACAUUGACACGUCUUCCGGACCAGUUCAAGGCUUUACAGAUGACAUCACACCAAAUGUUGCACAGUACCUCGGUAUACCGUUUGCGGAACAGCCCGUAGGAGCACGGCGAUGGCUACCUCCAGCUCCAAAGUCAAGAGAGAAUGAAACAAUUAAAGCGACAUCUCUAGGCCAUGCUUGUCCUCAGUUUGAGGGCGAUGCACCUAAUGUCUGGCUCACGGAUGCGCCGGAGUUCAUCAUCUCGCCGCGGGACUACCAAGGAGAGGACUGCCUAAACCUCAACGUCUGGGCUCCUUUGGAACAAUGCGAAGAGCCGUUACCGGUGGUGGUCUGGAUUCAUGGUGGGGGUUUUGUGACCGGCGGACCCACGGUGCCCUACCAGAUUCCUGCCAGAUGGGUAGAAAGAUCUGGAGAUCAUAUUGUCGUUGGAAUCAACUACCGUUUGAAUAUAUUCGGCUUCCCUAAUGCCAAAGCCCUUGCGGAUGACGAGCAAAAUCUGGCCUUCUUGGAUCAGCGUCUCGCUCUUGAAUGGAUCCGCGACAACAUCGGUAAAUUUGGGGGUGAUCCAGACCGUAUUACUCUCUGGGGCCAGUCUGCAGGCGCGAUCUCUGUCGACUACUACAACUUCGCUUACCCGGAGGACCCAAUCGUUUCAGGCUUGAUUAUGAACUCCGGAUCAGCUUUCUUGUCAAUCGCUAGCGCUGAUACUCAGCAAUCAAACUUCACAUUCGUCGCUCAGCAUUUUGGUUGUGACGAUGCCGACCCAGAUGCUGAAAUCAAUUGCCUGCGCAAGAUCGAGUCCAGCGACAUCGAGUUGUUCCUGAAGGGAUACUCCGACAAUGGCACGACACCUGCUCUAAGGUUUGUUCCAGUAGUCGACGACCGCACGGUUUUCGCAAACUACACGGCACGCGCUCUUGCUGGAAAUUUCACGCGCAAACCGGCGAUUAUCGGUACUACAACCAACGAGGGUAUCGCAUUUCCUCCGUACAAUCAAACGUACGGUCCUGAUCAGGCCCAAGCAGAUGCUGUAACUGCUUCGUUGUUUCUUUGCCCUGUCACACAGACAACCCAUGACCGUAAUGCAGCCAAUACGACAACAUUCCGCUACCUUUACGGCGGGAACUUCAGCAACAUCUCACCGCAGUUCUGGCAGGGAGCAUAUCACUCCUCUGAUCUCCCGCUAUAUUUUGGCACUUACGGUAUCGCGAGAGGUAACGGUACGGAUUUCCAAAGAGAAGUAAGCGAGCAAGCACAGGAUUACUACCUUGCCUUCGCCAAGGACCCAGUCAAUGGCCUACCAGAGUUAGGGUGGGAAGCUUACGCGCCGAGUGGUGAAGGGGUGUUGCUUGCUUACGAUGGAGAGGUUGUGCAAAGCAUCGACGCAAGCGUGUUGGAGAGGGCUUGUGAUGGACUGACGCCGAAUGGCAAGCCGCUGCCGCCGUAA